AGUUGGCGUAUGAUUUUUCAAACAUGCAUUGUUUUUCUUCAUCCGCGUAAGAGAAAAAAGCCAGAUUUUGUAAUUAAAUAUUUGUGAAAAUGAAUGUUUUUGUGAAUAAUAUUGAAGAUAAAGAUGCUCUGCAUACGUUGGUGCUGAAGGAACUCCGUGAAAAUGGUAUUAAAUACCAGAAAUCAAAGAAGCGUCAAUUGGGUCAGGACAAAAAUGGCUCAAGGAGGAUUUUCCGCAUUCCCCUGCAUCAACUGGAGCUCACAGAUGUUUUUCUCGUCAACGGGAGCAUCGUUCAAGUGCCCCAAUUUGUUUCCGAUGCAUGCCAGAGGAUUCUCGAGGAGGUCACAACGGAGGGAUUAUUUCGCAAAGCAGGUGCCACGGCACGACAGAAAGGCAUUCGGGCAUUGCUGGAGAAUGGGCAGUGCUUGGAGAAAGCUCAUCAUGUAAUUGACGUGGCAAAUGUCCUCAAGAGCUUCUUCCGUGAACUUCCGGAAGCUCUCCUGCCCAGAGGGAACAUUCAGGAUGCAAUGCUCCGAUGUCUCUUCACGGAGCACAAGCUGAACACCCUCUUGCUGACGUGCCUCCUUCUGCCACCGCUCACACUGAAUCUCUUGACGUUCUUCAUGCAAUUCCUGCACACUGUUGCCCUUCACAGCGAUCAGAAUCGCAUGACAAUUCAGAAUUUGGCCAUAAUCUUCACACCGAGUCUCAUGCCACUACCGGAGAUGUAUCCAACGCGCCUGGAGAACUACGUGAAGAUCAUUGAGAUGCUAAUUGAGAAUUCAGAUCGCAUUGGAAUUGUGCCAGAGCGGUUUGUCAAGGGGCAUCAGACAACCGAGGCGGCUACCCUCAAGGAGGAGAAGAAGCGCAAAAAACGACGAAGUGGCUCCCUAACGAGGGUCUUCAAUGGGCUCAAGAAGAUUGUCGGUGUGAGGGGCUCUGCAGAUGAUCUCGAUAAGUGCGUUGAUGUGAAUCCCGUCACCCCGUGCCUGACAAAAUCAACGAAGAAGCGCAAAGCUGCCGAACAGGUGGGAAUGAGUGCGAAGAAGAAGAAACAAAUUAUGGCUCUACUGCCCAAUGGGAGCCUCCUGCCCAGCACACCGAUGAUCACGAAGGACAACAAGAAGCUACGACUCAGCUUUGGCUCAUCAUCAUCGAGGCGCAUCACGAAGUUUCCCGGUGUGGAGCCACCGGAAACCAUCACGGAGAGCCACAUUGAAUUGCCACAAAUGGAGAGACGCUGGAGUGUCGUUGGGACACCGAUAAAGAAUGAGACAACGGGAGAAUUUGAUGGGGAUACCACGAAAUAUUUCUCUCCAGUUGUUUCCCUGCCAUGUUUGACAUUCAAUCCCGAUGCAUCCGGGCAUCAAGAUAUGGGCACAAGUACGGAAUUUGCAAGUGUGCAGACUACACCGGAGAAAACGGGCAUGAAUGAGAUGGAGGAGGACAAGGAUUAUGUGAAAAUUUCCAAGAGUGAGUAUCAGGCAUUGAAUGAGAGAGUUGCAGCCAUUGAAGCACGAAUCAGCCAGGAAUUCUCCCUGCCCACUGCUGUGGCCACCCUUCCGGCGGACGCUGAACUCGUCCAGGAUGUCUAUGAGCAAACCCUGGAGGAGACAGAGUCCCUUAGUCCGCCAGCAACGGAUGAACUUGCACGCAGAUUGAGUCGUGACCUCAAGAUACGCCGUAGUGGUGAAGGGAGAAUCUUCCGGUCGCCGAGUGCUCGCAAAAUUGGCACAAUUCGUCGACGAUCCCGUGAAUCUGCUGCCAGGGUGACACGUACAAAGUCCUGGCAUGUGGGUAGUAAUGCAGAUCGUGUGAAAUUUGCUGGGGAUUUGCCAUUCUACCCUUCCAAAGGAGCACUAAAACGUGGUCGUCCGAAUACAGUUCAAUCGGGUCUUCGACAUCCCAGUCCAGCAGCCACGGUGCGGAGUGGGAAUCAGGCGGAAGCAGCACCAGCAGCAGAAGAUCACGAGAUGUGGACGAGUGCUGAGGAAUUUUUCGUGGGACAACCACAAAUGGAGACGGAUGAUGAGAAAAUUGUGUUCAUAACGGAAAAGAAGAAGGAAAUACCGGCUUUUGGGGAUGAGGAACAGAGGAUGGUGUUGAGAUCAGCGGCAACUGCACAGGCGGACACAGAAGUCACAAGUCCGAGAUUUAAGACAAAGAUUGCCGUUAGUGGUACACCGAUGCUUCCCCCGCGGGGUAUUCCGCCAAAGAGGACAACACCAAGGCCACAGAAAGCCUUCCCAAAGACUCCAUUUGAGCAGCAGCAGCAGCAACUUCCGCCCACUGGGAGGGCAUCAAUUGCACGUUUACGGAGUCAAAAUGCCGGGAUGGUGGCGGCGAAGGCGAAGCUCUUUGAUGGUAUGAGUGGCGAAGAGGGACGCACAGGAAGACCUCCGGAUGUGGAGGAUGCAACGCCCAAAAGGGUAGGACGUUGUCCACGAAGUCAGAGACUCUGCGAUGUGGAUGCGAGUCGUGCUCUACGCCCCGUUAAUGCUGAUGGCGGGAGGACAUUCCUCAAGCCACCAGUGAUUAAGCCAGCACCACUUGAGAACACCCCGAGGCGCCUUGUGAAGGUUCCAGCGCGUCUUCACAGCCCCAAUACACCCAUGAGGGCUUUUCGUGCCAAUUCUCGUUCACCACGUGUGCCAAGGAACUACCGCUCUCCACGUCAUUAGUCAUCCCACAACAAAAGAAAAAUUAAUAAUUCUAUUGGAAUCUUAUUGAGAAAAAUAUAUAUUGUGUAAAAUUAUCCUGGAAAAA